AUGUUAUUAUUGGAGGAUUUUAAUUUAUACUCUUGUAACAGUAAUAUAUGCAAUUAUUUUGAAUACUUUAUGUCAUUUUGUGAGUUCACUCAGUACUACUCGGUACCGAACUGUAAGGGCAGACAGCUGGACCUGGUGUUGGCUGCGCGCAGCGAUGUGCACGUGACGGGGGCUGACGAGGCGCUGCGACCCGUGGACGCGUACCAUCCGCCGCUUGCUGUGAUGCCACCCACUAUCACGGCGACUUCUAUCACAGCCGACUUCCGUCGUUGGCCUCCACGCCUUCGCCCGCGUCUGCCAUACCCGGCUCGUCACACGUACCAAUACACUCUCAGGUCUCAGUAA